CAAUAUAAAGCGUUUCCAGUUAGACUCACAUCCUUCUGUUAAAACCUAAAGCUUCCCCGUUUCUCCCUCCGUUUAAAUAAAGCUACUUGCAAUCAAUGACCGGUCAAGCUCGAUUAGCCCAGGUUGCCCGACACAUGGGUACCAAAACACCUUCAGCGACAGCAGCAGUAGCUAAACCCCCUACAUUCCGAGAUCGUAGCAAUUACAAAUACUUUUUGCCCAUUCAAUCCAGAUGGAGCGACAACGACAACUACGGCCAUAUCAACAAUUCGAUUUACUACUUUUACAUUGACACAGUAGUGAACGAGUACUUAAUACGUAACUGUGGGCUGGAUCCCAACGAUACGACAAAGACACGACCCAUUGGCCUUGUUAUUGCCUCCUCGGCCAAUUUCUAUGCUCCGGCAUCCUAUCCGAACCUCUUGCAUGCAGGCCUGAGCAUCACCAAGAUCGGGCGUUCCAGCGUCACCUACAGAGUAGGCAUCUUUGAAGGCGACAAGCAAGAAGCGAGCAUGGUGGGCGGAUUCACCCAUGUAUUUGUAGACCCGAUUCAUCGUCGGCCCGUGUCUGCUCUGCCUGAAAGUAUGAAGAGUGGCAUGCUCACAUUAUUGGUUGAACAAGCGGCAGACGAUGAAGGAAAGAAAGCCAAGCAAUAAAAGGCAGGAUUAGUACGUAUGAGGCUGGGCGAGCCAAUGAAAUUAGACCUUAAUAUCCAAUAAAGCUGAGCUUUGACAAAUUAUGUCAUAUGCUUUUUGAGUGCAGACAAUGACAUAUCGAAG